CUCUUCAACUAACGGACGGAACCCAACUGGCUGGCGCCUGAAUCUAGGUUUUCUUUCCUCUUCCCCACCCUGGGGAAAGUAGGGUUCGACGGGAACAAUCGAACUUGGCGAGAGCUGGUGAGAUGGAGACGGAGACGAUGGAGGCUGGAAGAAAGAGAGAGCGUCUGAUGGAGACGGCGAAAUCGGGGAGAAAGCGGGCGGGGAAAAAGAAGGCGUCGAAUGCGGUGUCGUUUUUUAUGCAAUUGACGGUUGAUUCAGCGAAGAUGGUCGAAGAGGGAAGGCUGAAGCGAGCGGUGGCGAGGCGGAACGAGGAGAACUCCGGCGUGGCGCCGAUCGUGCCGGAGGCGCUCACGGAGCAGGAGCGGGCGGCGCUGCUGCAGGAAGAGAUGGCGAGGGAGAAGAUAUUGUCGCGCGAGCGCUCCCUGCAGAUGCACGCGGAGAGACUAAGGGAAAAAGAGGAGAGGCCCCGGGCGCCGCCGGGUCCGAACCAAGAAGACGAGUCUGAACAGGAUUACAACAAGUACCGGCAGAUCUGGGACAUGAAGUGGUCCAAACAGUACGGCUCUUUCGAGGACACCACGUCGAUCCCCGCCAUGUGUUUCACGGACAAUCCUAUGCCUCAUUUCACUGUCCACCAGACUACCAUGCAGAUCUUCUCAGUCAAGGUCACGGAAAUAACUGGCGGUUUACAGUGGCCCCUCGAUGUAUUUGGCAUGAUCGCCAUGCGCGACGACCUGGAUCAUAAUCGCAAUAUUAUCUUUAACCGGUCAAGGGACAACUGCCAAACCCUCACCCAACAGGGUCAACAUUUGGUUCUUACAGGUCCUGCUCGUGCUGUUGUGCACGAGGGGCAUCCGUCUGUGUACUUUGAGGCCAUUCUAAAAGUUAAGGGCGCUACCUGUUCAGAGGACAGAGAUCUAAGCCUCCUGAUCAGCCGCUGCAAUAUCCGUCAAUCGCCAUCCAAAUCGCUUGUGGGCACCAGAUGCUACAGAAGUAAGCUCAGCACACUGGAGCUGGCAUAUGGUAUCAUCGUCGCUUGCGCCGAGGCCACCAUCGCAGUCGAGGUGGUCGAGGGGUCAUGGCCGCAAGGGUUCCACGGCCAGUUAACUGCAUGUACUGCCAGUGUGCCCCACAUGAAAGUCUUGCUGCUCGAUUCAGGCGAGAAAGAGGCCGUCGCUGGCGACAGCGGCAAGAUGGAACUCUCGCGCCGUGUUGUCUCUGUUGAAAGGUCUGGGCGGCUCAUGGUUUGUGCUCUGUUGUCUCGUGGUGGUGAGAAGGUCGUGGAGGCUGAGACGUCCUUUGCACCAUUGGAGGCUGGCAGAAGCCAUGGCAUGCUUGAUGUUGGGUCGUGUAAGCUGCGGGUCACGGUGGCCUGGUCGCCAAUUCUGAAAGGCUAUCCACUUCGUGGUUUUUCUCUACCUUCCAGCGAGGCUGUUGCUAGCUAGUGUGGAGUUCAUGUUCAUCCCAUGGAUCUUAAUAGUGCUUAUUUUUUUGGCGAUCUAACAGUGCUAUGUUAAAUAUAUUCUUUCUGGAACAAAGGAUAGCAGCUAUUGCUUAGAGCAACUCUAGCAGAUGCUGUAUAUUUCCGCCCCGCAAAA